CUACUUCCUGUCAUGUUCAUUUCCUAAUCGCGCUUAGCCAAGAGCAGAACAUUUUACUUUAGAGCUUUGUGUGUGUGUGUGAUUGUGUGUGUUUUAUCCAGCAAGGAAAAUGUUCCUGUUAACAUCUACACUGAUCUUCAUCUCUGCAGUCGUGUUCCAGUGUCACGCUGAGCAGAAGCUGGAGUGUCCCUACAAACCAAACCAUAAAGACCUGCAGAGAGUUUGGUGUAAAAUGGACACAACGGAUACCAAAUGCUGCACGGGUUUGUCCUUCAUGUCAGGAAACACGGAGCUGGAGAACGGGCGUCUGAGCGUGACGGACAACGGCAAUGCUUUCAUCGUGUCUGUGAAGAGUCUGUCUCAGGGGGACGGAGUUUACUGGUGCGGCCUCAAGAACGGCAGCUACAUCGUCAAACUGGCCGAGAAAGAGCUCCACAAUUCGAUGGAUUUCAUCUGGGCGGUCCUGCGCUAUCUGCUCUUCGUCCUGCUCCUGCUGGCCGUGAUCUCAACUCAUGCGUACUGCAGCUGGAGAAAGCCGAAGGAGUAAAGUGAUAUGCGAGCGUCCAGAGAGACACUGUGGAGAAGAUUUAUUUACACCGAUACUAAACUUAGAUUUAAAGCUUUACGCACAAAUUAUAUGUGUUUGUGUUUGUGUGUAAUCACAGUAACUUGACUGUGGUGUUGUUCUUGGUUUUUUCAGUAUUUCAGCAUUUUGUAAACUGUUGAUUUCCUGACAGUUUCACACACAAAUCUCUCAGGUUUAGACAGAAAACUAAAACCCAGCAAGUGUCAGUUCUGUGGGGGUGUAAACAGUUUGACGAUCAGAGUUUGAACCAACAGGAAGAUUAGAAAUUAGUUUUUGAGCAGAAAAGCAUCUGAGGAACGACUAAAGCUCGGCUUGAGGAGGACGAGCUUCAAAAGCAGAAGACUUUCAUAUCUAAAGUGACGUACUUUAACCGUAAAGAGUAGUUAGAGAGCAGUCUGCUCUAUCAGCUUGUAAUGAGCCAAAAGCUUCAAAUAUCUUAGAAGAAACACUCAGUGUUUUCAGAAAGCUCAUUAAAAAAUGUUCCUGUAUUAAUGUCCCAAAUCUGAUCUAAAGUCUAAUCACCCCCCAGGUUUCUUUUACCUAACAUGUAAGUUUUUUGUUUUUUUUUACUAAAUGUAACAGUACUCUUGUAAAGGUUCAAAUGAAGUAAAUAAAUAAAUAAAUAAAUAAGAAUUAAACAGUAUCUGUUGUCCAAGCUGUUAGAAAUGAAAAUAAAAUUCACCGCUCUUUUUUUCCUUUCUUUCUCUGUUCUACUUUUAGACAAAAUAGGAUACAGUGCCUUGUAACUUCUAAUGGAUUAAAAAGUUUGUACACCCAUUCA